UAACAAAGAAGUUCAGAUUUGCCAAUUCUAGUUUUUAAUUAAAAAUGUGAUUUAAUCGACAAAAUGGACAAAUCAAGUGCCUAUGAGAAGUUCACUGGCUAUGUGGACCAGCUCAGGAAUACGGAGUGCAGCCAGAAGCAGAAGAUUGUCUGCUUUCAGCAGAUUGCUGAUUGCAUUUUAUCAUCGUCACUGGCAGGACACAUAAACUAUGCGGCUCAUUGUGGAACUGCCACCAAUGUGCUCCUGCUAUUCUGUGAAGAUCUGGACUCGGUGGUCCGUAUGAGCGCCGAGGAGAACUUGAAUAAGAUAUUUCGUGGACUGGAAAAGACGAGAGUUAGUCGGAUUCUAAUGGAUUUAUAUGGUGAAAUUAAACGAAAUGGUAAUCAGCGUUCCUUAAGAAUAUGCUUGAAUCUGUUCUCCUACUAUGCACCUCAAAUCAAGGAGAAGUACACAAAAUGGUAUGCAGUGCGUCUACUUCAAUGCAUGUCCAUAAUAUCCCAACGCAAGGAAACGCUAUUACAGGAAACGCUCUCCGAUUUUGUUAAGCAUUUUGGACGCCAUGUGCAGCAGAGUUUAAAUGACAGCGAAACGUGCAAGUUGCUUGAGAUAUUUGUUGGCAAUAUUAGCUCAGAUUGUGCCGUAAAGCGAAGAUGCUCUGCCCAAAAUUGCAUCAGCCUCAUCGAGCAUGCCCGCAAUAGAACCCUAAUGGCCAGGCAUGGACUCAACAAAGUGAUUGAACUCUUGCUAAACGAUGGCCAAGAAACCAGUUGCGUGCUAGGUGCCUUGGGUCUGUUGCGUCUACUUUUGCCUCAACUAAUACGCGGCUAUUGUGCUGAUUAUACCGAUGAUGGUGAAUCCUUGGCGGCGGUGGGUCAGCAGCAGCACCAGGAGCAACAACAACAAGUAACAACCGACUGUCGGCAAAUUAUUGAAAUUUAUGAUUAUUGUUUGCACCUGCUGAGCACGCAGCAUACAACGAAUCACGCUAUUAUAAAUGCCGCCCUCGAGGUCAUCAAUGGCAUACUUCAGAGUCUGGAUGGUGGAGCAGGCGGAGCAGCAGCUGUCGUUGAGAUGAACUCACUGGCUCAAAGUUUGCGCCAACUGUUAUGCAAUCAAGAACUACAGCACAAUGAGUAUUUGCGGCGAAGGAAAUCAUUAAAAAAUCAAAUAUUCCAAUUGAAAAAUUACCAAGUGGCGGCAGCAAGUCAACAACAACACCAGGACCAGGAUGAGGAGAAUCAACUGGAGAGGGUAACAACGAUGAUGACUACUACAACUACAACUACAACUACUAUGCAAAUGCGAAAGAAUUUGAAUUCAAAUGCAAAACUGCAGCAGCAAAAGUGUCAACAGCAACAACAACAACAUGACCAGCUAGUGAAGGCUGACAGCAGAAGCAGCAGCAUCUCGCUGGGAAUUACUAUGGAGGAAGAUGCAACUUCCCUUGCUGAUGAAGACAAAAAAAUCAAGUCGAGUCGUCACAUUAGAAAUGCCGCGCGCAGCAUUAGCGAAUGCGUUGCCAUCAUUUCGGAUGAUGAGGCGGAGGUAAAGAAACAUGAGCAAUCGGAGGAUGACGAUGACGACAUGGAGCUUCUGAAUGCUGAGUGCGAUGACUUUACAACGCUGUCGCAACUAAAUGAACCACAACAGACAACACCGACAGCAAUAGCAACAACAACGAAAGAUAAACUGAUUGAUGGCUGCAGCAGCAGUGAGUUACUUUCCCCACAGCAUCAGCAGCAGCAACAGUCAUCGAUGCAGAAUCUUCUUGCCGAUGAUAAAUCCCAAAAUUUAAGUGAUAUCGACAAUGAAUCCUUCAAUAGCAUCGAUUUCGAGGCCGAAAUAACAAUUGCUGGCGGCAACGGCAGCAGCAACAACGACCAGCAGCAGCAGCACGUCGAAGCAACUGCAAAUCCCACUGAAACGAAUGAUUCGACGACGGAUGCAACGACUAUUGGCACAUUUUUUAACAAUCUGCUGUCGCAUUCCAAUGCAGCUUCGGAGUCGGUCAGUAAGCUCUUUCGUCAAUCAAGCGGUUCUAAAUCCACGCCCUCGAAGUCAGCUCCAGCGGCUGAUAAAUCGGAUGCUGUCUCGACGGCAUCGCUAACGCUUUCUCUCAGCUCAAUGGCCAGCAGCAGCAUUAUUGAGCCGGCAACGCCAUCAACAGACCAUGCCACUUCAAUAACCUCGACGCCGACACCGGCUAAGGACCAGUCCACCAGUUCGGUCACGGCCUCUUACACUGCAUCUACCGCCUUGUUGAUGGAUGCACCGGCUGUGGAAAAGCCUGAGGCAGAACCAGUACUGCGACGCACACCUAACGCAAAUCCUUUUCUAGUGGAGAAUUCGCCGCUUAAGCAAACAGUUUUGGGACAUGUGCUAAUCAGUGUGAAAAUUGGUGGAAUUCUAGAGCAAUCACUAGUUUAUUAUACGGCUCGUCUGGUCGGUGCCAGGUUUUUGCUUAGCGGCCAGGCCAAAGGUUUGCAGCCAGACAACGUGAGUCGCGUGUCCAUUAAGAGUCUGUCCCUAACGGUGAUUGCUCAAUGUGUGCGACUUGCACCGCGAGUGCUGCAGCUACCCUUGGAAAUCACGGAUCAAGAACUACGAUUGCUUGAGCAAACCAUGGAAGUGGAAAGUGGCCAAAGCACUGAACUUUCCAGUCCACAGAGCAGCAACGACUCUCAGAAUACUGGGGAGAAGAGAAUAUCCGAUACUGCAACUGUCCAAUCGGACUUACAGGACAACCAACUCUUAUUAGACAUCAAGGAUGAUCAUUUUGGACCCAGUACUUGUCCGGUCUACUGCCAGCAGGGUCCACCUAAUCUUAGCCGUAGUGCCGACACGGCUCUACUGCGCCGACAGCUUGAAGCACGAACAACAUCCUUGCCACAGCCAAACAAAACUCAGACGGACAAUCAUCUUUCCAAAUCCGAAAUUAUUUCUAGUCCUUAUUCUGUGACCAUUGCAGCAGAGGAUGCUCCGCCACUUGCUCUACCGCCACGCCCACCGAAACGUACCAAAUCAAUGCGUAGUCGAACUGGCAGCAGUAUUUGCCCCACAGCUGGCCUCAACUCGACACCAGCGACAACUGGCUCUAGCCAAGCCAUAUCAGAUGUCCUCCUCUUCUAUACGCACAGUGACCCGAUGCUGCGCGGCGGAGUUCAGCAAAUUGUUGGCAACUUUGUGCAGGCAAGCCGAGCAGGAUUAUAUCUAGAAUUGACACGCAGUCUCAGCUUACAACAUUUGCUGGCCAUUUUACUAAAGGGCCUUGAGGAUGACAUACACACAGUGGCCAUACAAGCGUUGAAUGCAUUCGAUAAGAUAUUUCCGCAUGUGGUGUCCAAAUAUUUGACAUCGCCGCCAUGUCAUUAUCAAGCUCAUCAGCAGCAGCAGAAGAAGCAGCAGCAGCAACAGCAGGGAGAGCAGCAACCAAGUGGACAACAAAAGAUGCCAGGCCAAACUUUUCUAAAGGACCAGGAUAAUGCCUUAAGCAGUCAGCAGCAGGAGCAGUAUGAGCACGAGCAACAAAGGACAUCUAACGAUGACAACUUGGGUUGUCCAGGCAGGAUGUGUGCCAGGUCUUUGGCCACUGAUAAUGAUGAGCUACUGGCUGCUCUUUUGAAUGAUUUCCAAUUGCAAUCGACUAGCAGCUUACAAGAGACUGGCAAAGUAGAGCAGCAUACCCAACUGGGUAAUGAGCCUUCUGUUGCUGCUGCUACUGCUGCCAUCUGCCCAAAAUUGCUUUUGAGCAAACUUCGACUAUGCCAUCACAAUAAAUAUUGGUUGGUCCAGAAUAAAUACGCCGAAGUUAUUUCGAAUUUAAAUUACGUGCUACUACGUUCUUACUACGCAAAUUUUGAUUGUGGCUUGGCUAACAAUGACGAUGAGGACAAGGAGCAGCAGCAAAACGAUGGAGACAAGGACAUUGCCUGCACUUAUGAGACGCAAUUUCUGGCCGAACUUUUGCAUCUGUUGGGCGACGAUGAUGUUCGAGUAAGGGAGCAUGCCGCCUGCUGUCUCUGCCGUUUUAUAAUGCAAACGGCGCGCCAUCAAUGGCAGCAGAAGCAGCAGCAGCAGCAGCAGCAACAGAAACAGCAGUCGCCUCAAAAAACCAUGGGUGGCAGUGCCAUGGCGGGCAACAUCAACAUCAACGAUGAAACCGAAGCUCAACAAACUAAUUUCAAUUUGCUUUGGGAUUUUUUCGACUAUCGCAUAUUUGGCAGCAUGUCCGUGACGUUGCGUAAUUUAUUCCGGACCAGUUCGACGAUUGGCCCGCCAUUGGCAGAUCCAGAUGCAGUAUCCUCUUUUGCUACAGCCAACGAAACAUCCUCUGAUUCUUUUGGUGGCGGAGGACUGGGUGGUGGAGGAGCCUCAACGGCGUCGGCCUACUUUGAUGGCAGUUACUAUGGCGUCGGCGGCAUUUCGACUGCCGAUGGCCAUGUUUUUGCCUCUACAACGUUUCAACGUCAAAUUGCGCAAGAGGAAAAAGUUUUGGCCAAAGUUUUGUAUCGCAUGACAAAUAAAUUGAUGACGCUGAAUGAUAAAAAUUUGCAGUUUGGCAUAAUUUACGCGCUACGGCUGCUGUUGAAGCACUUCAAUUUUGUGGACUAUCAACAGGCAUGGACGGAAUUCAAUUUCAUUGAAAUUUGCAUGAGCUAUGCCUACUACAACAGUGCAACAGCUGCGGACUUGAGUUGUCAGAAUGAUUUGAUUGAUGUGAUGGCCAAAUUAAUGGCAGGUUCCAUUCUUGCCACCGGUGAGACAAAUGACAGCCAGUUGGACUUUUUGCUGCGUCACUGCAUGAAAUUGCUCAACAUCUACUAUCACUUGGUCACCAAUCAACGGUUGCAGCAGCAACAACAACCACCACACUCCAGCAGCAGCACCACCACCAGCUCCAAGAGUCACAAAAGCGAAUUCUUCACGUUGCCCAGCAGUAGCGGGAGAACUGGAGAACUGGUAGCGCUUCAGGCUCUAGGUUACUUUGGAGGCGAUUACGUUUACAUGAAACUUUACAACAUUUUAAGAGGUGCUAAUGACAGCUACAAGAUAACCAUAAAUCACGAAGCAGGCAGCUUAUUAAUUUGCCUGCUAAAGAGUUGCCUCAAUGCGUUGAGCUUUUGCCUGGAUGCAAAGAAGCCUUCAAUGCCAACAGAGUUGAAAUUAAUUGAAGAAAUACUCCGCUAUUUGACCAAACUCAUAAAUUAUGCGCCCGCCGAGUGCGUUGCAUGUCUGCGGCAACUGUUGAAAUAUUUAUUUGCCCAAAAUUAUGCCAGCCGAGUCCAAAGUGAAGCAAAUGGGCAAUAUCAUGCCACAUUUACAGUACCCUAUUUUGUGGCCAAGGGCUUAUGCUCUGGCUCAAACUGCAGCACCAGCAGCAGCAGCAGCAGCAGCAUAUUGCUGCCAACAAUAAAUUCAAAGGCAUCUCCAGUGACAACAACUCAGGGACUAAUUGAAGCCUCUCCACUAGUCUAUACCAGCAGUAACCAGCAACAACAUUCACUGGGCAUGCUGUUUGUUCAGGGCCUGUCACCAGCCACACCGCCAUCAGGCGACUGUGUACGGCUUAUAAAGCUAUUUGAGCCGCUGGUCAUCUACUGUUUGACGCUUUUUAUGAAAUCCAAUGCGUUGGUUCAGGCUCCAAUAUUGCAAUUGCUAUCACAGCUAUUGGAUUUAAAUGUUACCUAUAGCAUAUUGGAUUCGAAAAAUGUUAUUUUCGAGCAAAUACUAAACAAUUUGGAGCUAAUUGAAAAUGGCAUGGAUAGGAAUGCCUGCAUCAUAGUGCCGCAUAUGAUGAAAUUUCUGAUGCAACUAACACACAAGAGUGAUCGUCAAUUGAUAACCAUACCAAAGAUUAUCAGUAUUACCAAUAAUCUGUUGGCCAAUGGUUCAGUACGUGAAGUGGCUUUAAUUGCCCUCAAGACUCUCAGUUACGAGCUCUUCUUCAUGCAGAGCCAAAACGCAGAGGCUAUCACUUGCGGCAGCGACGAUAAUAACUCAACGAGUCCUUUGAGUGCAGAGCCAACGGCGGACACACGAGAAGCUCUGCUGGCCCAACAACGCGAACUGGACACACAAAAAGAAGUUGUCCUUGGUAUGCUGGAGAAAUUUAUUGAUACCACAGCCAGUCAACAGGUGUUGGCACUUUUAGUGCUCUACGAACGCAGUGGUCAGCAUCUGGUGGAUGUGGAUAUGGCAAAGAUUUCAUAUCGCAGUGCUCAUGAUGCGGAUGCCAUCUAUGGUUUACUCUGUCGUACACUCUACGGUCGACAAUUGCGUGUGCAUACGCCCAGAGAUUUGCGCCUAGUUGAGAGCUGUUUUCGCAAUAAUGGCAACUAUGUCCUGGCCGAUAGUAAAGACUUUUUGCAAUUGCUGCAACUCUUUAUCGAGCAGGAUGUUGGCAACUUUGGUGAUUUAGCUCUGGCAAUGGUUAUGCUCGCAAAUGUAAUCCUUAAAACCGAGGAAAUUUAUUUAGUGAAUCACAUAAAACUUUAUUUGAAAAAUAAUCCAACGGCCGAACAGCGUCUAUUGCGGUCUUCAGGCGGCAUCGCCUCAUCUCUCCAUCUCCAGCAGUGGCAGGAUGAAGCCCCAUCGACAUCUUCGGCAGCAGCUGCCGCCAGAGCUGCCGCCUCUGCCCGUAUCACUGUAACCAAAUCUCCGGCCAUAAGCGAAAUUAACUAUUUUGCCAAAGUUUUAAGCGAAAAAUUGCUUGGAUGUCUGGAUGCUCUGCUGCAUGGUCUAGACCCUCACUCGUAUCCGGAUGCAGAGCCGUGUUUAGUGGGCAAUGCCUAUUGCCACCUGGCCGGGCGAUUCGUUAACGCUCUGUACAAUGUUUGCUGUCGCUCGCGGCACAAGGAUGCACUUCAAUCAGUAUUCCGUUUGGUUUUGGCCGAAUCUGAAUUUCUCUGUAAAUACUCCAAUUUACUACUGCUGAGUGCUGCUGGCCAUGAGUCCCUGGAAGGCGUCCUACUGGCAUGCCUGCAAUUGAUGUUGUCGAUGCGUUUAGUGGAACCGUUGAUAUUGCUGGAACUGGCAGUCCAAAUGCCACUGAAAUGGACCCUUAAGCGUGCCCUGCUGCAUGAGGUUUGCCAAGCAAAUGGGGCAUUCGAUUGGAGUCCGCAACAAGUGGAACGCCUGCUGGCUGGCAAGUAUCUGAAUUUCCUAAUUACUGACCACUUGGAAUUCCUUGGCGAGCUGUCCCAAGGACAUCCUAAGUGCAGCUCAUUAUUGCUCGUAGCCUUGCAUCGGCAUGCCAAUCGCUUGAAUCGACACUCAAUUCGCAUUGUUGUGCGACUUCUCAGCCGUCUUUCGGAGACGGAUAACUUCGAGAAUGAUGAUUGCAUAUGGCAAACAGUCGAACUGCUUAGUCGAUUGCAUCAGCUACAUGAUGAGAAGCGUUCGGUGCAACUGCCCCUCGAACGGUUGGCGCGUCGUCUAAUCUCCCAGAUGGCACCGGCAGCCAGGAAUAAUAUCUAUCUGCGGCUCAUGGGAGGCGAGCAGAAGCUACAAGAGAUGUUAUUGAAGGACUUGGAGAGUCCAGCGGACAAUGGGGCUGCAACGCCGCGCAUAAUUGAUGAGAGCUGGCUCUUUGCUCAGUUAAUCAAAUUUGCCACCCAACAUGCGGAUGCACCGCAUCAGCAGCAACAACUGAUGCAUCUUUUACUGGAAAUUCAGUCCGAGCCGAAAUUGCAACGACUCUUAAAUAGUCUUGGGCCCGAACAGGAAGCUCGACUCCUGCGCCAUGCUCUGGCCGGUUCACUGGAUGCCAUGUUGGUUGCAUUUCGCCAAAAAUGCAUUCAACAUGCACCACACAUCAACUACAUGCAACUGCCACCGCUGGCACGGGUAUCCCAUUCUUUACUUAUGGACAGAGUAAGGGCUUUCUCCACAUCCAGUGGAUUUGAUAACCACGCCAGUUUGGAGGAUCUACAUGUGGCUCAGGCUAUGACCACAUUGCUGGCUUCCAUUACGAAUAUUGAACAAACAGCUCUCAUCUAUAUUGAGGCCAGGGUGAUUGAGAAAUUUAUGGUGGAGCAUUUCUUGCGUCCAGACCAUUUGGCGGAACUGCUCACCUAUCUGGGAUGGCUGGCCAGAGCAAGCAGGAAUCACGACCAUACAAAAGGCAAUGGUAAUGCCUUGGGGAUACUAUUGGCUACCAUUGAUGCAUUGCUGCAACAUCCACGAAUUUGGCGUGAAGUCAACGCCAGUACAACUGGCGUACGUAGUGAACUGCUUGAGGUCUUGACCAUGACCGGACGAUGCCUGCUGCAGGACACAAUAUUCUAUCAGCGCCAUUCGACGAGUGCGACGAACAAGGACACAACUGCUCCACAGGCCAUUUUCUUGGCCAAAUUGAUUGAAACGCAAAUUGAUACUGACGCCUUAGGCAGCAGUAGCAACGAGGCACGCUUGCAGUUUGCCGGUCAUGAGUUGGCCCAGUCCCAAGUCCAAGUGCCGUUGUCUUUGGUAGCGUCCAUUGGUAUCUCCUUGCUGCGCACGCAUCAGUUCUAUGCCUAUGCGGUGACUCCUCAUGAGCUGGUGCAACAUCAAGAGGAGCAGCAGCAACAGGCAGAUGGCAAACUGCCCACCAUUCCUGUGGACAGUCUAAGUGAUGUGGAUGUCCUGCGGCAAUUUGUCAAGCGACUAUCGAUCUUUGGCUAUACAACAAGGCAACAAUUUGAAGAAUAUUUCAUGACAUUUCUGUUGCUUAUUAAUAAAGUGUAUGAUGAGCAUAUGGUCGAUCAUCAGGAGCAAUAUCAGAUCAAGCAAGUCUGUCUGCUGGCCAUUAUGGAACUUUUAAUGUCGCAUAAAACUUUUCCCAUUGUUGGCCUACAAACCACUGGCCAGUUUCAUCAUACAACACGCUGGAAACGCAUAACUUGUGACAGCAUUAGUUUGAAGAAACUGCAUAAAGUGCAGCUGUUGGUCGACGCAUACAAUAUCUUCUAUCAGGCCAAUCUAGAGCGUCAGCUGGACCGGGACAAUGUGAUUGGCACACGCAACUUUGCUGCGAAUCAAUAUGAUCUACAUUUCUGUUGGGCCCAAAUGGAAGCAUACGCAGAAGGCAAUUCAUCUACCGCUACCACACCCGAAGGGGAAGCGCCAGAUGUAAAGCCAUCGUCCAAUAUUGCAUCCGACAUGGCCAUACGUAACUAUCGCCAUUUCACACAGCUGUCAGGCAUUGACUUUCGCAGCAGCACCCAGUUGGUAUUCGAUGUACUGCAGCAAAUGAUCGAGCUUAACCACGUUCUAGUGCUGCCCAAUCUGGUAAAAUUUUGUGAAAUCUGCGAAAGUCGGGAUCAAAUCAAAUGGAUAAAAGAACGAAUUCUUAAGCUACAGGACCAAGUGGCCAUGGAUGAUACCAUUUCACAUCAGCAUAUAAUCUACCUGCUGUGUCGUACGCAAGCCCUUUUGAUACCAAGUCUGGGUGAACUGCAGCACUUGUGCUCCCUAAUUGGUAAUGUCUAUCUGAAGAGCUCGCAUUGCUUCAUACGUACGGCCACAUUAAGAGGUCUGCUCUAUCUAUUGGAGUGCUGCAGCAAAACCAACACUGCCAUGGGCAAGCUGAGCGAGGAGCUGGCCAUGUUGCGUACACUAAUUGUGGGCUACAUCAAUCGACAUGGCAUCAUUGAUGAGAGUCCAUUACAAUUUAGCGAGGAGCAUACGAAACUUGUCUGGACUCUCAAUUACAGCUUGAUCGAAUGGACUUCGAAAUUUGUACCGCAAUGCCAUUUGCUGUCUAAUGCAAUCAUUGCAGCCAAUAAUUUCCUAAAGACAACUCACAAUGAGGAGCUCUAUUUGUGUGUACUGCAUGGUCUAGAGCGCAUGGUGGUCAAUAGCGGAAGUCGGCCCACAGCAGCGUUGGGGAAUGAUGGGAGCCUAGCCAAAAGUGGAGCCACUGGAGCUGCAUCUGGAGUCGUGGUCACACCGCAGUUGCGACAUAAAAUUGAAAAACUUGCACUCGAAUCGCUGAAAAUGGAAAAUGAGAAAUUUUCGAUUCCGGCAUUGAAAUUGCUUUUGUCCUGCAUCUAUGUGGGCUCAUCCACACAAUUAGAGACCACCGAAUUGUCAAAUGGCAUUGUUCAAGAUGAUCCAGAGAUCAUUGCCCAGCAGAAUGAUAAAGUCGAUAUACUUUUGCAUUGUAUUAAAUCAUCGAGUCGAGAUGCCGCCUGGAUUUAUGGACAAGUGCUGUGCCAAAUUAUUCGUGAUUUAGUGCCACCGAAUGAAAUAUUGACGAAGGUCAUAAAGGAGUUUCUGGCCAUAAAUCAGCCGCAUGGCGAUGUUAUUGCCAUGAUUGUAUAUCAGGUAUUUCGCUCAGCUAUUGACUCUUCGUACCUGGAAAUGCUGCAAGACUGGUUGAUCUGCACAUUGCCAACGUUCCUGGCACAGCCGGAGCAGCAAGGUGUCUGGGGUCUCAGCGUCAUCUUUUUAUCCGCCUCCAUAAAUCUGCAUUUGAUUAAACUAUUUCCGUUGGUUGUGGGCUUUGGGCCAGCAGCGGCAGCAGCAGCCGGUAACUCGACGGCAACGGCUACGGCUACGGCAACAGCGAUGCCGGCAGCAUUGCCACCUCGUAAAUUGGGUCAACACGAAAUUGCAUUGUUCGUGACAGCUGCACAAGAUUUCCAUGCGAAAUUGAGUGGCGAGCAGCGGCAACGUUUCCGCGAUGCCUUUGGCAAUUUUAAGCAGAGUCAAGUCUAUGCCAGGAUGUUGCAUAGCCUUUGAUUGUGAUAGCCCCCUAAUAAUCACUAUCCCUUCCCGCCUUCACUCUUCUUGUUGGCUAUUUAUACUACUACUACUACUACUACGUUUAAUUCCAAUCGCUGCAUCGUUUGCGGAUUUCCUACAAGCACCGUGGACGAAAACUUGUUCCUAAGACAAGCGCAAGCGUGAAUAACUAAUUGCCAACGGCAAAAGUUCAAGCGGAUGCAUCCUCCGAUUUUGGCACAAAAAACUUUUUUAAUAGUUGCCGAAUACAAAAUUAAUUUAUGCUUUACAUUAUGUGUAACUAAUAUUUAAAUUAUUGCAAACGAAUAGCAGCAACCACUACUCAACCCACUCCAACACCCUCUACAAUUUGGCACUUCUUCGUAAUCUGGUGGAAAGUUUAACGAGACCACCCGCAAUUAAUUCCUGCGGUUGGUUCAGCCGUAUACGGAUGCGGACACACGAACAUUGAGUCGGACCCGGACACACAGAAUGAGAGAGAGAGAGAGGGAAAGCCGCAUGCGGAAAUUAUGUUCUUGUCAGUUUUCGCAUAAAGUUUAUCAUUUAUUUAUCAUGACGUUGCUUGUUAGCCAAGAGAGUGAGCGAGAAAAGGACACAGAGUGAACUUGGCUUCGGGUCGCAAGUAGCCAUUAGUAUGCUGCUUAACCAAUUGCUAGUUAAUUGUUAAAACAAACUUACUUAAAAAUUCCAUUAUACGAAAUUAAAUUAAACACCUUCCAAACAACACACACACCCACACUCCACUCACACUUAUAUUUAUAUGUAUGUAUGCCCAUGUUUAUUCCAAUUUUAAUAAAGUAAAACAUAUUAACACUUAA